AUGUUGUUGCCUAAUGAUGUACCAAGUGCUAAAUGGAACAUCAGAGUACAGUGCCUCGGUAGAGGUGGGAGGCAGGAGACAGUCAUCCCUCUUUGCAUUCCCCACACUGGGGAAUGCAGCUGCCUGAGUCUUAAGGCUAACUGUUGCCUGAAGAACCAUCUCUGCAAAUCACAGACCCUCAUGCCGGACAAGACCAGCAGAUUCACCUGCAAAGGGAAACAAAUUCAUCGUUUCCUGUGGAUCAGCACCUUCUCAGAAUACAGAGUUAUGCCCGAUUCUGCCAUUGCAAGAACUGAUGUUGCUGCUCCUCUGGAUAGUCUAUUUGGCUGUGCCUUUUCCACUGGUUAUGAAGCUGCCAUCAAUACUGCCAAGGUAAUGGAGUCUGGUUCUACCUGUGUGGUCUUUGGUUUAGGAGGAGUUGGCCUCUCCGUUGUCAUGGAUCGUAAAGUUGCUGGAGCUUCCCAGAUCAUUGGGAUGGAUAUCAACAAAGAUAAAUUUGAUAAGUUUAAAGAAUUGGGAGCCACUGAAUGCAUCAACCCUCAGGACUUCACAAAGCCUAUUCAGGAGGGUCUGGUUGAGAUGACUGGCCAUGGAGUGGACUAUUCCUUUGAGGUCAUUGGACGCACUGAUACCCAGAACUUUGAGCAUAACUUCAUCAUGCCUGCUCUGGGACCAGUUUCAGAAACAGAGUCAUUUCAUGCUCCUCACUCAGCGCCUGCUGCUGGCUCCCAUCAGUCCCCAUGCUGGAUUCAGAUAGAGGACACAGACCAGGUCAUCAUGCACCACGGUUGGCUCUGUGCCCGGCGCCCGGCCAAACUCCUCAUAAAACAGGAAUGA